AUGACUGCGGGCUGUGCGGCAGCCUCUCCCGGGAAUGAAUGGAUUUCCCCCAGCACCGAUGAGAGAGGCGCGCACCACAGAGAAACAAUGUCCACCUGGGAACCUCGCAGAUCUGUCAUCCUGUCCGCACUGAUCCUGCUGCGAGCUGUCACCGGCUUCUCCGGAGAUGGGCAAGCUGUCUGGUCUAAAAAUGUCCCCUUCAGUCCGGUAAACGAGAGCCAACUGUUUCUCUAUGACACUUUCCCCCAAAACUUUCUCUGGGGUGUUGGGACGGGUGCCUUUCAAGUGGAAGGGAGUGGGAAGAAGGAUGGGAAAGGCCCCUCUAUCUGGGAUCAAUUCGUCCACACGCACCUGAAGAACGUCAACAGCUCGGAUGGCACCAGUGACAGCUACAUUUUUCUGCAAAAAGACUUAUCCGCCCUGGAUUUCUUAGGAGUAUCCUUCUAUCAGUUUUCCAUUUCCUGGCCAAGGCUCUUCCCUGAUGGCAUAGUAGCAAAUGCCAAUGCAAAAGGUCUCCAGUACUAUAAUGCCCUUCUCGAGGCUCUGCUUCUCAGAAACAUUGAGCCUAUGGUCACUUUAUACCACUGGGAUUUGCCCUUGGCAUUGCAAGAGAAAUACGGGGGGUGGAAAAAUGAAAGCAUCAUAGACUUCUUCAAUGACUAUGCCACAUACUGUUUUCAGACGUUUGGGGACCGUGUCAAAUACUGGAUUACAAUUCACAACCCGUACCUAGUUGCUUGGCAUGGAUACGGUACAGGUAUGCAUGCCCCUGGAGAGGAAGGCAGGCUAGCAGAUGUUUAUGCCGUUGGACACAACCUCAUCAAGGCUCAUUCGAAAGUUUGGCAUAACUAUAACAGAAACUUCCGUCCACAUCAGAAGGGCCAGCUGUCAAUCACAUUGGGAUCCCAUUGGAUUGAACCUAACAGAUCAGAAAACGCGAUGGAUAUCCUCAAGUGCCAACAGUCUGUGGUUUCUGUACUUGGGUGGUUUGCCAGCCCGAUCCAUGGGGAUGGAGACUAUCCAGACAUCAUGAAAGAGAAGUUGCUCUCCGUUCUGCCUGUUUUCUCUGAAGCAGAGAAGAGUGAGGUGAAGGGCACAGCUGAUUUCUUUGCAUUGUCCUUUGGCCCCAACAAUUUCAAGCCCCCAAACACCAUGACCAAAAUGGGGCAAAAUGUGUCACUCAAUUUAAGAGAAGUGCUGAACUGGAUUAAACUGGAGUAUGGCAAUCCCCGAAUCUUAAUUGCUGAGAAUGGUUGGUUCACCGACAGUCACGUGAAAACAGAAGACACCACAGCCAUCUACAUGAUGAAGAAUUUCCUCAACCAGGUUCUUCAAGCAAUAAGGUUUGAUGGACUGCAAGUGUUUGGUUACACUGCCUGGUCCCUCCUGGAUGGCUUUGAAUGGCAGGAUGCUUACAUCACCCGCCGAGGAUUAUUUUACGUGGAUUUUGAUAGUGAGCAAAAAGAAAGAAAACCCAAGUCCUCGGCACUUUACUACAGACAGAUCAUACAAGAAAACGGUUUCCUCUUAAAAGAGUCCACUCCCGAUGUGCAGGGCCAGUUUCCCUGUGACUUCUCCUGGGGUGUCACUGAGUCUGUUCUCAAGCCGGAGUCAGUGGCCUCCUCCCCGCAGUUCACAGAUCCUCACCUGUACCUGUGGAACGUGACUGGCAAUAGACUGCUGCACAGGGUGGAAGGCGUGAUGCUGAAAACUCGGCCAGCUCAGUGCACCGAUUUCCUCAGCAUCAAAAAACAGCUGGAGAUGUUGGUAAGGAUGAAAGUCACCCACUACCGGUUUGCCCUGGACUGGCCCUCCAUCCUUCCCACGGGCAACCUGUCCACGGUGAACCGCCUGGCCCUGCGGUACUACAGAUGCAUGGUGAGUGAGGGUCUGAAGUUGGGCAUCUCGUCCAUGGUCACGCUGUACUAUCCGACCCACACGCGCCUGGGCCUCCCUGCACCCCUGCAGCACCACGGGGGCUGGCUGCACCCCUCCACAGUGCAGGCCUUCCAGGACUACGCAGGCCUGUGCUUCCACGAGCUGGGGGACUUGGUGAAGCUCUGGAUCACCAUCAACGAGCCCAACCGCCUGCGUGACAUCUACAACCGCACCAGGCAGGACCCGUACCGCGCGGCGCACCACCUGCUGCUGGCGCAUGCGCAGGCCUGGCGCCUCUACGACCUGCAGUACCGGCCCCGGCAGCGCGGAGCGCUGUCGCUGGCCCUGCACGCCGACUGGGCCGAACCCGCAAACCCCUUCGCCGCCUCGCACCGGAAGGCGGCGCAGAGGUUCCUGCAGUUCGAGGUCGCCUGGUUCGCCGAGCCCAUCUUCAAGAGCGGGGACUACCCCGCGGCCAUGCGCCAGUACCUCGCCGCCGAGAGCGGCCCGGGGCUGUCCAGUUCCACACUGCCUCAGUUUACCCCGGCGGAGAGGCGGCUGGUACGGGGCGCCGCAGACUUCUUCGCCCUGAACCACUUCACCACCAGGUUCGUGAUGCACGAGGACCACGCGGGCAGCCGCAGCCCCUCGGAGCGCGAGGUCCAGUUCCUGCAGGACAUCACCUGCCUGAGCUCGCCCACGCGCCUGGCCGUGGUGCCCUGGGGGCAGCGCAAGGUGCUGCGCUGGAUCCGGGACAACUACGGCGACCUGGAUGUGUACAUCACGGCCAGCGGCAUCGAUGACCACGCCCUGGAGGACGACGAGCUCCGGAUUUACUACUUGGACAGAUACAUCCAGGAGGCUCUGAAAGCAUAUCUGGUUGAUAAAGUAAAAAUCAAAGGCUAUUAUGCAUUCAAGCUGACUGAAGAAAAAUCAAAACCCAGAUUUGGAUUCUUCACACCUGAUUUCAAAGCUAAAUCCUCAAUACAGUUUUAC